GGUUCCAACGGUACCUAAGCUUCCUGAGCUUCCUUAGAAUUUCAACCUUUUACAUCAACAUGAGAUCUAAUAACCAACUUUUUUAAUACUCUUUACAUUAGAGCUGGCACAUAUCAUUAUACCCUUGUCUGUAUUCUUUAAUACUAUCAUUUACCAGAUGAAAUCCUUUUAGGAAUAUGAUAUUACCAUUCUACGGAUAAUAGCAGGGUUAAUCGAAGAUCUAUACACUAUCUACGGGGCAUCGAGAUAAGCAAGCAUCAAUGUGUUCUAUUCUUGACGAACACCCCCGGAAACCCCCCUCCUACCAAUAUGAAAUGAAUUACGUGCUUCGAUAUUCCCCUAAUUAUAAAUUACCCGCGAGAUGAUCUCACCGUUCCCAAAGUCAACAUCCCUUGCCGGGGAAGGUCGAAUAGUUGUGAAGCUUGCGCCUAACGAUAUCUCCUCACUUGAGAGUAUCACUUAUCAAUACCCACUGAAGCUCAUAUCUCCCACCCCCACAGCCGAGCAGAGAAGUGUAUUGAUAUUCCUACUUUCAUAUGGAGGAGGCCUUGUUGCUGGCGAUCAAGUCAACCUCGCCAUUGACAUACGACCAAAGGCAAAGCUGAGUAUCGUCACUCAGGGGCAUACCAAGAUAUUUCGAUCCAUUACACCAGAUGUUGUGACGCGGCAGAAUUUAAAAGUGCAUAUUCAAGACGGCGCUGCACUUUGUCUCCUCCCAGAUCCCGUUCAACCGUUUGAAAGUAGUAUCUACGAGCAGACUCAGAUUUUCAAAUUAACUGCUGAUGCGUCAUUAUGUUUGUUGGAUUGGGUUACCCAAGGCCGUACUGCCCUCGGCGAAAACUGGAGUUUCGGUCGAUGGAUUGGGCGCAAUGAAGUAUGGUUCACCACCGAAGAUGAAAAUACCAAAGACCGACUUUUAGUUCGGGAUACGGUCAAACUCGAUAGUGCAAACAGAUCUAUAGGGUCACCGUCAUUGAGAGAAUCGAUGUAUGAACACGCUAUUGUAGGGAGUUUAAUUCUUCGAGGCCCUAUGACGAAAUCCCUUGGCGAGUUCUUCUUAGCGGAGUUUGCAGCGCUACCACGGAUAGGAGCACGAGAUUUCCGCAGCGCUGAAGCGCGUGAGAAAGAUGACGCAGUACCCAAAUCUCGUCUCGAGCAAUGGCGAAGCACGAGGCUGGGGGAGGAAAGAAACAAGCAGAUAAUAUGGUCCGCUGCUAAUGUACGCGGUUGUAUUGUGGUAAAACUUGGUGCGGCGACUGUUGAAGCUGCUAGAAACUGGAUAGGAUCAAUGUUGCUUCAAGAGGGCAGUAUAGAGCAACAUUUUGGUGAGCAAGCUUUAAUGUGUGUUCGAUAGUAAUGCCUUCAACAACUUAAGACAUACAUUCAGAAAUACAUAGCUAUAUAUUAAUCCAAGCAAUGACUUUGAAAACGACUA